AUGUCCAACCUGGCACCUGAUUCUGAUUUUGGCUUUAAGCCUUCAAAUCUAUUGCUUGCAGAACUGAAGUUAUCAUGGCUAGGUGGAACUUUUCGUCAGAACACACAUGGCAUCCAGAUGACAUCCAUUAAGAAACGGAGAUCCCCAGAUGAUGAGCUGUUAUAUUUACCAGUGAGGGGCCGUGAGACCUAUGAAAUGCUGCUCAAGAUCAAGGAGUCUCUGGAACUCAUGCAGUAUCUGCCUCAGCACACGAUUGAGACCUACAGGCAGCAGCAACAGCAGCAACACCAGCAUCUACUUCAGAAACAGACCUCGAUGCAGUCUCAGUCUACAUACGGUAACAGCUCCCCACCUCUGAACAAAAUGAACAGCAUGAACAAGCUGCCUUCCGUGAGCCAGCUUAUCAACCCUCAGCAGCGCAACGCCCUCACCCCUACAACCAUUCCUGAUGGCAUGGGAGCCAACAUUCCUAUGAUGGGCACCCACAUGCCAAUGGCUGGAGACAUGAAUGGACUCAGCCCCACCCAGGCCCUCCCUCCCCCACUCUCCAUGCCAUCCACCUCCCACUGCACUCCCCCACCUCCGUACCCCACAGAUUGCAGCCUUGUCAGUUUCUUAGCGAGGUUGGGCUGUUCAUCAUGUCUGGACUAUUUCACGACCCAGGGGCUGACCACCAUCUAUCAGAUUGAGCAUUACUCCAUGGAUGAUUUGGCAAGUCUAAAAAUCCCUGAACAAUUCCGACAUGCCAUCUGGAAGGGCAUCCUGGACCACCGGCAACUCCACGACUUCUCCUCCCCUCCCCACCUCCUGCGGACCCCGAGUGGUGCCUCUACCGUCAGUGUGGGCUCCAGUGAGACCCGGGGCGAACGUGUUAUUGACGCUGUGCGCUUCACCCUGCGCCAGACCAUCUCCUUCCCACCCCGCGAUGAGUGGAAUGACUUCAACUUUGACAUGGAUGCUCGUCGCAACAAGCAACAGCGCAUCAAAGAAGAGGGGGAGUGAGCACUACCAUGUUAACUCCUCCCAUGCUCUCCCUGUCUGUCUUUCUGUCUGCCUUCUUACAAGGCACUAGUGCUUGACCUUCAAAGUGUCCUCCCUAGCUCCUCUCCUUCCUCUUCUCAGUCUGGCUUCUUAAGGGAAGAAGUAAGAGGUUAUCUUUGAUCUAAUGUCCAACCUGGCACCUGAUUCUGAUUUUGGCUUUAAGCCUUCAAAUCUAUUGCUUGCAGAACUGAAGUUAUCAUGGCUAGGUGGAAGUGAGCAAAAGAGCAGUGGGUAUCUCCUUAAGCUGCAAAGAUUUCUCAUUGACUUUUAUAAAGCAUUUUCACCCUUAUAGUCUAAGAC